AUGCACGCCCCAAGUGAGAACUACAUGAGUUCUAUCACCAGCAGCAACGCGCACCAGGACGGAACGGGCUAUGGGGCAACCAACACGGCGGUUGGGCUGCUCCUUGUUCUAGGCAGCACUAUCCCCAUGGGCGGUUCACCACUCUUCUUCUCGGGGUUUAUGCUCUUGAUUGUCGUUGCAUGGGCCACGGCUUCCUCUCUUGCCGAGUUGGCCUCAGCGAUGCCACAUCCCGGGGGCCAAUAUAUAUGGGUAAAUCAGCUCGCGCCGCCAAGCAUACGCCGCGGGCUCUCCUACUAUACAGCCAUGAUCAGUUGGUUGGGCGCUGUCGCCUCCGGUGCGUCCGCGUGUCUGUCGGCGUCAGUGAGUAUCUUUGGCGUCAUCAGCUUCCUGAAUCCGGAUUUUGUCUACCGUCGUUGGAUGGGCUUCGUCACUUUCCAAAUUCUGAACCUGGUUACAAUGCUUUGCUCAGUCUUUGAACAAGCGUUGCCGCAAAUUUCCAGAGCGGUCCUAUUCGUCAGCGUUGCAUCAGCUGCCGUGGUAUUUGUCACGCUGUUUGCCGCGUCGCGCCAACACGCAAGCCCGGAGACCUUCUUCACAACCAUAUCCAAUACAAGCGGAUGGCAAGAUGGAAAUGCCUUUUUUGACCAGUCUAAGCGGGAUCAAUUGGAGUCUUUGCUGUCUUGA